UCAACGAUGAGAGCUUAAGUCGAAGUUAGAGUUCCCUCUCGAUAUAUGAUUUUAAAAUAAUGUACAUUUUUUUAUUCUGAAAUCACGAACCUAUUUCCCUUGAACCCAGUUGCCCAACGUCAGCAGUAUUGUUGUUUGAUAUAUCACGCAGAGAUACGACAAUCGCAGGUAACCAACCACGGUGUACACAAAAGGAACCAAUGAUGCAUGAGAACCGGUCGAAAGCGCUUUGACGUACAAAUCUAUGGAAAGAGGUCCAUCACAAACGUGAAAAUAUUUGGAGUGCAUUGAAUCUAUUCAUUUUUCAGACCUUCACAACUAGUACUACCGCUAGUACCGGUGGGUGUGAGACGUGCUACAAGUGAGGAAUUUGUGAUGUUCACCCUUCAAAAUAAGAUGAAUUCAAAACGGGUCGUGGGGUGGUAGCGUAGUCGAUUGAAGCAAGCAUGUGGAAGAAGAUAGGGCAUCAGAAUUAUUGAGACACGUCGCUCUGCAGGAUUGUGUGAGCCUGUGGUAUAUGUGAAUGUAAAAUGGCACUAAAGAUACCAUAGGAUUGAAACAACAGCAUCAUGGGUGGGUCUCAUUCAAAGUCAGAAGACCUGCGAAAGAGGGCAUUUCUGACUUCUGUGAGCUACAUUGAUUCUCUUCAAGAGGUUCCUGGUUACUUCACUAGAACUCAACAAACGAUAGACUUCCUUGAAGAUGAUCUGUCGUCACCGGCCCGUAUUGAGAUGUCCUACACGGGGCCCCCAUCCCACCUCCAGCAUUCACGGGACGUCCACCCCUUCCUGGACCGUUUUGGGCCCGACUUUCAUCCGCGGGAGAAAUUCAUGGACCGCAGCCACGAUGCCAGUAUACCUCCUAGCCUGCUACCCUCGGCCGAGUCUGCCAGGGAGUUGCGUGAAAUCGAAGUACGAGAAACAAUGCAGAGUCUCCAGUUGCAGGUCAAAGAGACCCUGGCCAAAAAGAGGGACCAGUCAGUGGAGGACCUGUCAAAGUCGGAGCUGCCAACAGACGAGCAGAAUACAUUAGAAUUUUUGGACUCGAUAAUCAAUGAGAGCAUGGAUAUAGACCUUGGCGAUGAUGAAAACGAUGGUAAUGAUGAGCGUGAGAAGGAUGGGAACUCGGAGGCUAAUUGGAUAAUGAGAGACAAGAGCAAGACGCCACUACCUGGACUCAUGCACAGCACCGUGCCAGUUUCUCCCCAGGACCAGCCCGAUGGCCUUAGCCAGCCCAGCUCCAGGCCGGCCAGCGGCUUCUUCCGCAAUAGUAUGUACCUUCCAGACACUGAUCCGAUCCACUCCCCCAGCGGGACCAAGGGGCCUCCGCCACCCACCAAACCCAAGCCGGCCAACCGACUCUCGCGGGUCAUCUCUGUGCUGGAGGACUUCCCACCAAGGGAUUACCCAGUGGAAGAGGCCACGUCGCCGUCCUUCCCUGUGGAGUCCAAUCAUGCUGUGGACAUACAUGUACAUGCACUGAGCAGCAAGGAAGAGCGCAGUGGGAGCAAGAACAGCAAUAACUCGAGCACGGAAGACAUGGGCAUCGUCGUUGACGACAUCACAAGUGACGAGGGCAGCAGAAACGGGGACACGAACAACCCCUACGACACAAAGUCACGGGUGAAAGGGGUAAGAGCCUUGGUCAGCAUGUACAGUGAAGAGGCCAGCUCCCCUACAGAAAAGCCAGAACGGAUUGACUUUUCUCCCAAGCGCCCUUUCAGUGGAAUACAGUUACCAGUCAGGGACUACAUGUUUUUCAACAACAACAACAGCAAUGUGGAGAAGGUUGGAGACACAGAGGGUGUGGCAGAGAGGUGUCAGAGGUUUGGAACAAUAUCCUCGGAAGAUUCAGCAUUAGGAGACAGCAGCAGGGAUCCUGUGGAUGAUGCAGUCUUGGGAGUCAUACAUACUGAGCUUCAAAAGCUCAGAAUGAAAUGAGUGCUCACAUUCCCUUCCAAAGGCACAUAGUAUUACCUGUAUAUUAUCAUUAUUUAUCAAUAAGACCAGAAUUUUAUUACUUUUACCAAAAAUUCAUAUUCUGGGUAGAUAUUUAAACAUAUAUACACAUAGAAAUGUACCAUACACAGGUUGCAUGGCACAUAUAGGGCUGUAUGCCCUUCUACAUCAGGAGAGUUUGUGGGUUUUUCAGGAUUAGGAGAAGUAAAGACUAGUCAGUUUGACUUUACAGUGGGCUUGGUUCACCUUGAAAAUGUACUUUUGGGUUUGUGACUCCAUUCAGUGUGGUUGUUUGGGAAUGUAGGUAAUAAAAAUAUCUGGGGAGAAGGUCCUGCAAAUACCACAAUAAUAUAUUCCCAUGCACAUGUUUGCUUCCAUAGGAUUGGUGAAGAAUUAUUCUGGCAUAUGCACGUACUUAGCAAAAGGAAAACACAGGUUUGUCACCACCUUGGUAAAACACUUAAGGUACAUGUAAAGUGUGUUGAAUCAACACAGCGAAAUUUGCUGUAUGUACAUGUAUGCGGAUUCAGCCGUGCAGCUUUUCCCAUGGCAUACCUUAGGAUGUGGGAUCACAUGCCUUUGCUUCCUGAUGAGGGUUCACGCUUCAGUCGUUUUUUGAUUAGCUCUUUUGCAGGUAGGCUACCUGUCUUAAUUUCUCAUGCCCAUGAUUAGUUUGCAUUCUCAUUGUCUGUAGUUACUGGUACAUGCACUGUGUUUUUGUGUGCAUGAAGUGGGUUUUUGCAAACAGAAAGCAUAUUCACACACAGUCAGAAAAUAUUUGACCUGUCACCACAAAAUGAGCUCAGAACCAGUCAGAAUUUUCAAAACUGAGAUACUGGUAUUUUUUAAUUCAGCAG